GCGACGUUGCGUCUGUAGUUCCCGCGCGGCGCCUUGUGGGCGCUUGGCGGAGUUAUGGUGGCGGUGUAGCGCCCAGUUGCGCAGGGAGGGAGGAAGGAGGCCGCGCAGUUAAAAUGACAACAGCAGCAAGGCCAACAUUUGAACCUGCGAGAGGAGGAAGAGGAAAAGGUGAAGGAGACUUAAGCCAGCUAUCCAAACAGUAUUCCAGCAGAGACCUUCCUUCUCAUACUAAAAUCAAAUACAGACAGACCACUCAGGAUGCUCCUGAAGAGGUGCGUAACCGUGAUUUCAGAAGGGAGCUCGAGGAGAGAGAGCGGGUCGCUGCAAGAGAAAAGAAUAGAGACAGACCAACCAGAGAACACACAACAUCAUCUUCUGUGUCAAAGAAGCCUCGACUAGACCAGAUUCCUGCAGCAAAUCUUGAUGCCGAUGAUCCUCUUACUGAUGAAGAUGAUGAAGAUGAGGACUUGGAAGACAGUGAUGAUGAUGACACUGCAGCUCUUUUGGCUGAACUGGAAAAAAUCAAGAAAGAACGAGCUGAGGAACAGGCUCGAAAGGAACAAGAGCAAAAGGCUGAAGAAGAAAGAAUUCGGAUGGAGAACAUUCUGAGUGGUAACCCACUGCUGAACCUUACCGGCCCAGCGCAGCCUCAAGCCAACUUCAAAGUGAAGAGGAGAUGGGAUGAUGAUGUUGUCUUCAAGAAUUGUGCCAAGGGAUUAGAUGAAACAAAAAAGGACAAAAGAUUCGUGAAUGAUACUCUGCGCUCAGAAUUUCACAAAAAGUUCAUGGAAAAAUAUAUCAAGUAAUACAGUUUUAUGUGCGGUGGUGCUGAAGGACUUGGAAUGUCAUGAUUGUUCCCUUCCUCUUCCUCAAAAUUCAAGGCUGAAUUCCUUCAAGGAAUUCCUUCAAGGAAUUCAAGGUCAUGAAUUCCCAAAUGCUUUUCCAAGAUCAGCAACAGCUUCAUAAUUAAUAAUUGCUAUGUAUCUGGAGUUUUUAUUCCUUUAGUAUGUUUUUCCUUUCAGUUUUAAUUAAAUCAGUCUGUGUUUCAUUAAUGUUUUUCUGUUCAUGCACAUUUACUUUUACUGGCCACCUUGUAAAUGGUAGAAGAGAGAAGCUGGUUUGCAGUAAAUACUUGUUUAAAUUGCUUUCCAAAUCAACCUGUGUUUGUAGUGAUGGUAGUUUGUAACUUACGCAACUUAUGUAAAUGUCAGUAUUAUCAAAUAUGGGGAAUAGCUGAGUAUGAUAAGCAGUGUGAACUGAAGAGAUCUGUACUUUCUGUAGCAAAUUGGACUUCCUCUUAAUAGCUAGUUAGAAACUUAGUUAAUAAUCUUCCUUUUUAGCUUCUUCUUACUGUCCACUGAGUUGUGGUUUGAUGGGAUAGCUCCAAGUUCUGAGCAGCCCUGCUUUCUGGGCUCUCUUGGCUGAGCGCUUCCGGAGCAAUACCAUAGAAUGCCUGGGGGAGCCUUGAGUGGGGAACACUCUGUGGAACCGUAGGGUUUUUUCCUCAUUAAAAAAAAAAAAAAAACCCAAAAAAUAUUACAGUGCUUGGUCCUUCAGCCAUAACCAUGUGGCUGCAAGGUUCAGUCCGUGUGCGUGGUUCAGUAGUAAUAGUGUUGUCAGACUUGCAAGUGAGUGUUUUUAUUAAACAAGUGAUCUCCUCAAGA